AUCCAACGGUUAUUACAACACCAACAACAGUUGGGUUCUCCUGUUGUUUUUACUCUUCUCGUUCGGUUCUCGUAUUCUAGAAGGCUCUUCUAAGUGAAACCCUUCGAUUCGUUCCGCUUCUCAUUUUCCUUGCAAUUUUAUCGGGAAAAUCAUGGGGAAAGGCCCCGGUCUCUACUCCGACAUCGGCAAGAAAGCCAGAGACCUUCUUUACAAGGAUUACCAGGCCGACCAAAAAGUCACUCUUACUACCUACACUUCCACCGGAGUUGCAAUCACUUCAAGUGGAACUAAGAAAGGCGAGUUGUUUUUGGCAGAUGUAAGCAGUCAAUUUAAGAACAAGAAUAUCACAACUGAUGUAAAAGUGGACACAAACUCCAAUCUGUUCACAACCAUCACUGUAGAUGAGCCUGCUCCUGGACUCAAGUCGAUCUUCAGCUUCAGAGUUCCAGAUCAGAGAUCUGGCAAGGUUGAACUCCAGUACCAGCAUGAGUAUGCUGGGAUAAGCACUAGCAUUGGAUUGACUGCAAAGCCAAUUGUUAACUUCUCUGGCGUGAUCGGGAACAAUGUUAUCGCUCUUGGGACCGAUCUCUCGUUUGACACUGCCACUGGGAACUUCACCAAAUUGAACGCAGGGUUGAGUUAUACCAAUGCUGACAUUAUUACUUCCCUCACAUUGAACGAUAAAGGGGAUACUCUUAAUGCUUCCUAUUACCACACGGUGAGCCCAUUGACCAAUACAGCUGUUGGUGCAGAGCUGACCCAUAGUUUCUCAAGCAAUGAGAAGACAUUGUCUAUUGGCACACAGCAUGCACUUGACCCCUUGACAACAGUGAAGGCUCGGGUGAACAACUAUGGCAGAGCAAGUGCCCUCAUCCAGCAUGAGUGGCGCCCCAAAUCUCUUUUCACCAUCUCUGGAGAGGUAGACACAAGGGCAAUUGAAAAAAGCGCUAAGAUUGGAUUGGCCUUGGCUCUGAAGCCCUAGGCAAAGCAAUUUUUUUGGGUGAUUGGAAGGCUGUCCUUGCCUUCUUUCUAGCAGUGGAGGGCAACAAUGCAAGGAAGAAUAACACUCCUUUGUAUUUUUUUUUUAUAAUCAAAUGAACAUUCCAUCUGUUUAUGUUGUCUCAUUGGGUUUGACAUUUUGGUGGGUAUGGGGUGUGGAAAAUAAUGUAGUUGGUGUAAGGAACCAUCUUCAAUUUGUUCCUUUGGAUUAUGCAUCUGCCCAUAGUAUAGGGUAUACAUGCUCUUGAGCAAUUAUACUUCACAUGAAAUUUUUGUUACAUUGAUUGGUUUUUUCAA